AUGGUAGGAGUGACUGAUACUACCAAACACAUUGAAGAGUUGUUAUUAAAAAUGGAUAGUCAAAGCAAAACCGCUGGAGUUCACGGAAGCCCAUUCAUGGAGGCUGGACAAUCUUCAGUUGCAGGGAUGGAUUGGAUUGAUUCAGUUACUCCAAUACUACUACAUACCAAGCCUAAAAGCAUCACAUUCAAAUACGGGUUGGAGAUGUUUCUGGUGGAGGCCAAGGAGGCCCAAGAAGAGGUUACUCAUGAGGUUCUGGAAUUAUUAGGCCAGUACAAGGAAGUAUUCCAAGAGCCUAGGGGAUUACCACCGAGUCAGGAUUGUGAUCACGCAAUCGAACUACUGCCUGGAGCCAAGCUUAUUAACCUUAGGCCAUACCGAUAUUCAUUUGAGCAGAAAAAUGUCAUUGAAGAAAUAAUUGCAAAUAUACUAAAGGCACAAACUGUUACAAAAAGUGUAUCUCAUGUUGCUUCACCAGUGUUACUGCAUAAAGGAGUAACUAAAUUGUUAGGCCUCAAUUACAAAAUUCAGUAUCGCAAAGGAACUGAGAACAUAGCUGCAGAUGCUUUGUCUUGA